AUGGCUCCGAAGCGGGUACCCGUGAAGCGCAAGGCUGUUCAUAGCGGAGACUUCGAUAGCGAUUUCCUCAGGUCCCCUAGGCUAGAGGCAGGGCAAGAGGGAUCGGACUCAGACUUGGACUCGACAGGGGAUGCUUUUGAAAAGAUGACCCAUGCUGCGCUACAACCCAAGUCUGACCUACACCAAUCAAAGAGCUCGGCCAAAUUCCUCGCCAGAUUUCGAGAGCAGCGGGCGAUGGAAAAGGUGGAGUUAGCUAAGUAUGCGCAAGAGAAGAUGGCCGAGAUGGAUGACUUCACCGACACCUUUAUCAAGGAAACGAGCGCAAAGUACUCGAAUCUGUUGGGACUAUUGGGAUCUUCUCCAGAUACACCUCGUCGGCUGGAAUCGCACCCUCUUUACAAGCAAGGCCAGGAAGUCGUAGGUUUGUUCCAGGAUAUCUUGAAGCAAUAUGAAGACGCGAAUAAAGUCAUCCGGGUAGAGGCGUAUCCUUUGCCGAUCUCGCCGAGUGAUGACGAUUGCACUCAGGUUCGAGAAAUCAUCAACAUGGCGGCUAGACUUGGCGAAAUGGCCAUCGACGGUGCAUUCAGAGUCUCUUCAGACGAUCCCCAAGGACUCCAGGGUGCCAGAAUCCCCCUCCCAGAACUGAUAAGGAAAGGAUUGCCCACUCCUUUUGAAGAAAAGUCUCGCGUCGCUCGACGAGAAGCCAUGGGGUGCGGGAACCUGGAGUGUUUUUGA